AUGGGCCUGAUCGUGGAAGAAACCCAACAGCAAGAGAUUGAAGAGAUUGAACAGCCACAAGAGUACACACCCUAUACGCCCGAGAAGGGCUAUGGCUGGGGUGAGGCUCUGCCGGAGAAGCAGGGUCUUUAUGACCCCAGCUUAGAGAAGGAUGCAUGUGGUGUCGGCUUUGCUGCUCACAUCAAAGGCACUGCUAGCCACAAGAUUGUGAGCGAUGCCCGCAAUCUGCUCUGCAACAUGACCCACCGCGGUGCGGUGGGUUCCGAUGCACGAGAUGGCGAUGGCGCAGGUGUCAUGACAUCGAUCCCUCAUCGGUUCUUCGUCAAGAACUUUGCUCGCGAGGUCGGCAUCGAGCUCCCUCCCCAAGGACAGUAUGCUGCAGGCAACUUGUUCUUCAAGCCCGAUACCGAGAUGCUGAAGGAUGCGACGGCCAGCUUCGAAGAGGUCGCAACCGAGCUCGGACUGCGUACGCUCGGAUGGCGAGUUGUUCCCAGGGACUCGACCUUGUUGGGUCCUGCAGCCAAGUCGCGGGAGCCCACCAUCAUGCAGCCAUUCGUCGUUCUGGCUUCUGCAUACGGUCAAGGCGAUAAGCCGGAGAUCACAGAUCCUGAGCAAUUCGAUGCCACGGAAUUCGAGCGAAAGCUCUACGUGCUCAGAAAAUCCGUCUCCCACGACACAAGAUUCAAGCCAUGGUUCUACAUCUGCUCUCUCAGUAACAGGAACAUUGUCUACAAGGGUCAGCUUUCUCCGGUCCAGGUCUAUCAAUACUACCACGAUCUGGUGUCCGUCGACUACGAAGGUCACUUCGCUCUGGUGCACUCCCGCUUCUCUACCAACACAUUCCCUUCCUGGGACCGGUCACAGCCUCUACGGUGGCUCGCUCACAAUGGUGAGAUCAAUACUUUACGAGGCAACAAGAAUUGGCAGAGAGCACGUGAGGGUAUCUUGAGCUCAGACUUCUUCGGUGAAGAUCUCGAGCGCCUGUUUCCGAUCGUUGAAGACGGCGGCUCUGAUUCUGCAGCAUUCGACAACGUCUUAGAGCUUCUUGUGAUGAACAGAGUCCUCUCUCUGCCUGAAGCAGUCAUGAUGAUGGUUCCGGAAGCGUGGCAGGGCAACCAAGCUAUGGACCCCAAGAAAGCCGCCUUCUACGAGUACGCAGCUUGUCUAAUGGAGCCGUGGGAUGGCCCAGCUCUAUUCACUUUCUCUGAUGGUCGCUACUGCGGUGCCAACCUCGACAGAAACGGUCUGCGGCCUUGCAGAUACUAUGUGACGGAUGACGAUCGCAUCAUCUGUGCAUCCGAAGUCGGUACCAUUGCCAUUGAGCCAGAGCGCGUUAUUCAGAAAGGCCGAUUGCAGCCUGGCAAGAUGCUUCUUGUCGAUACAGAGGCUGGACGCAUCAUUGAUGACGCAGAACUCAAGAGCACUGUUUCGGGACGGCAGAACUUCCAGCAGUGGCUCGACAAGCAUCUAUACAAGAUGCCUGCUGUUCAGGAGAAGCUCAGCAAAGAGCUUGAUCUCAGCUUCAAGCUUACGGACUCGCGGAUUCAGGAAGAUCCACUACUUCGCGCUUUUGGCUACUCGUUCGAACAGGUCAGUCUAUUACUGGGACCGAUGGCGGCCGAUUCCAAAGAAGCGCUCGGCUCCAUGGGCAACGACGCUCCACUAGCUUGUCUGGCUCAGCAGCCACGCCUGAUGUACGAGUAUUUCAGACAGAUGUUCGCUCAGGUCACCAAUCCACCCAUCGAUCCUAUCAGAGAGGCUAUAGUCAUGUCCCUCGAAUGCUAUGUUGGCCCUCAAGGCAAUCUCCUGGAGAUGGACGAGUCUCAGUGCGCCCGGCUCAUGCUACCGUCGCCUGUCCUCGAAACGGAGACCUUCAAUGCCAUCAAGAAUAUGAGCGCUUUCGAUAAGGGGUGGACAGUCAAGACGAUUGACAUCACCUUUGACAAGUGGUCGGGCGUCGACGGGUAUAUGCAGGCCCUUGACGACAUCUGUGAUGCUGCUUCCGAGGCCAUCAGCAACGGCGAUAAAAUCAUCAUUUUGUCCGAUCGUGCUACCUCGGAGGACAGAGUGCCAGUUUCAACUCUCAUCGCCGUCGGCAUGGUUCACCAUCACUUGGUCCGCAACAGAUGGCGAUCUCGAGUUGCCCUCAUUGCCGAAUCCGCAGAAGCUCGCGAAGUUCACCACAUGUGUGUUCUUGUCGGCUACGGUGCUGAUGGCGUCAAUCCAUAUCUUGCCAUGGAGUGUAUUCUCAAGCUGAACAGAGAAGGCCUCAUUCGAAAGAAGCUCACAGAUGAGAAGAUUAUUGCCAACUACAAGGCUUCUUGCGACGGUGGUAUUCUGAAAGUCAUGAGCAAGAUGGGUAUCUCGACUCUCCAAUCCUACAAGGGCGCGCAAAUCUUCGAAGCGUUGGGAGUCGAUGACUCUGUGGUUGACCGAUGCUUUGCUGGAACAGCUACACGUAUCAAGGGUAUGACGUUCGAGCUCAUUGCACAAGAUGCAUUCGCCUUCCACGAGAAGGGUUUCCCUUCACGACACAUUCGGCAAAUUCCUGGUCUCGCAGAGUCUGGCGAGUAUCAUUGGCGCGAUGGUGGCGAAGCACACAUCAAUGACCCGACCAGCAUUGCCAACAUCCAGGAUGCUGUCAGGACGAAGAACGACAAAUCUUACGAGGCAUAUUCUCUGUCUGAGUAUGAACAGAUCAAGAAUUGCACACUUCGUGGAAUGCUCGACUUCGAUUUCGAUCAGCGUGCCGAGAUCCCCAUCGAUCAGGUCGAGCCAUGGACUGAGAUUGUGCGACGUUUCGUUACAGGCGCGAUGUCUUACGGCUCCAUCUCCAUGGAAUCUCAUUCCACGCUGGCUGUAGCCAUGAACCGUCUCGGAGGCAAGUCUAACACAGGUGAGGGCGGCGAAGAUCCUGAGCGCAGCUUGAAGAUGGAGAACGGAGACUCCAUGCGGUCCGCCAUCAAGCAGAUCGCAUCUGGUCGUUUCGGUGUCACCUCUAACUACCUGGCCGAUGCCGACGAGCUUCAGAUCAAGAUGGCUCAAGGUGCUAAGCCUGGCGAGGGUGGUGAGCUCCCUGGUCACAAGGUGUCCGAGGCCAUCGGCAAGACUCGGCACUCCACACCUGGCGUCGGUCUCAUCUCGCCGCCACCUCAUCACGAUAUCUACUCUAUCGAAGAUCUCAAGCAGCUGAUUUACGAUCUGAAGUGCUCCAACCCACGUGCACGUGUCUCCGUCAAGCUCGUGUCCGAAGUCGGCGUUGGCAUCGUCGCGGCUGGUGUGGCCAAGGCCAAAGCUGAUCAUAUCCUGAUCUCUGGUCACGAUGGCGGCACAGGCGCUUCUCGAUGGACUGGUAUCAAGUAUGCCGGUCUACCAUGGGAGCUGGGUCUGGCCGAAACACAUCAGACGCUAGUCCUGAACGACCUUCGUGGUCGCGUUAUUGUCCAGACAGAUGGUCAGAUUAGGACUGGCAGAGAUGUUGCCAUUGCAUGUCUGCUUGGCGCGGAAGAAUGGGGCUUCGCGACAACACCUUUGAUCGCUAUGGGCUGCAUUAUGAUGAGAAAAUGUCAUCUCAAUACUUGCCCUGUUGGCAUCGCUACUCAGGAUCCUCUACUCCGCGAGAAAUUUGCCGGCACUCCGGAGCAUGUUAUCAAUUUCUUCUAUUACAUUGCUAACGAGCUCCGUGCGGUGAUGGCCAAGCUCGGGCUUCGAACCAUCAAUGAGAUGGUCGGCCGAGCUGAGCUUCUCAAGAUGCGGGAGGACCUCCGCACACCCAAGACCGAGAACAUCGAUCUGUCUUUGAUCUUGACCCCUGCUCAUUCAAUUCGUCCAGGCGUGGCCACAUACAACGUCCGCAAACAGGACCAUAAGCUCCAUACUCGGUUGGACAACAAGCUCAUCUCGGAGUCAGAACUCGCUCUUGAGAGAGGCCUACCUUGCCGCAUAGAGUGCGACAUCGUCAACACAGACCGUGCGUUGGGCGCCACACUCUCCUACCAGAUUAGCAAGCGGUAUGGCGAAGCCGGCCUUCCACAAGACACAAUCCACGCAAACAUUCGCGGCUCGGCCGGCCAGUCGUUCGGCGCCUAUCUUGCUCCAGGUGUCACACUUGAGCUCGAGGGUGACUCAAACGACUACGUGGGCAAAGGCCUCUCUGGAGGUCGGCUUAUCGUGUACCCACCACGAAGCGCUGUCUACAAGGCGGAAGAGAACGUUCUUAUCGGCAACGUGUGCUUGUACGGAGCUACAAGCGGCCAAUGCUUCUUCCGAGGUGUCGCUGCCGAACGUUUCGCCGUCCGCAACUCUGGUGCCACCGCCGUUGUCGAAGGCGUUGGCGAUCAUGGUUGUGAGUACAUGACUGGUGGCCGUAUCGUCAUCUUGGGCAGCACUGGUCGCAACUUUGCUGCCGGCAUGUCUGGAGGUAUAGCAUACGUCUUCGACAAGCACCAGGACUUCGAAUCGAAGAUCAACAUGGAGAUGGUUGAGGUAUCUGGUGUUGAGGAUCCUGCUGAGGUUGCCUGGCUUCGUGGAUUGAUCGAGGACCACCACCACUACACAGGUUCUGAGAUGGCUGCUCGCAUUCUGCUUGAGUUCAACCGAGCCCUACCUCGAUUCAUCAAGGUGCUCCCAGUUGACUACAAGCGCGCCGAAUACCCUCUGCCUAUUUUGCCCGGUAAUGCUGUUCGCAAUCUUCACCAGCAGCAGCGCGAGAAGGCCCUGGAAAAGGAAGAGAAGCAGAAGAAAGCCGAGAUGCUCGACAUUGAGGAAGGCAUCAACGGUGACGCCAAGAAAGCCAAGGAGAAGUCGACUUUGGUGCUUGACAAGACCCGUGGCUUCAUGAAAUACAACCGGCGCUCCGAAAAGUACCGCAACUCAAAGACCAGGACCAAAGAUUGGGCUGAACUGAGCUCACGGCUAAACGAGGACGAGCUCAAGUACCAGUCUGCCCGAUGCAUGGACUGUGGUGUGCCGUUCUGCCAAUCCGACACCGGUUGCCCGAUUUCCAAUAUCAUUCCCAAGUGGAACGAACUGGUCUUCCAGAACCAAUGGCAGGACGCACUCAACCGCCUACUGAUGACUAACAACUUCCCUGAGUUCACUGGUCGUGUAUGCCCUGCUCCUUGCGAGGGUGCUUGCGUGCUUGGAAUCAACGAAGACCCCGUCGGCAUCAAGUCUAUCGAAUGCGCUAUCAUCGACAAGGGCUUCGAGAUGGGCUGGAUGAAGCCAAUCGUCAUUCCAGAGGAAGAACGUACGGGCAAGAAAGUUGCGAUCAUCGGAUCAGGCCCGGCUGGACUGGCUGCGGCUGAUCAGCUCAACAACGCCGGUCACACCGUCACGGUUUACGAACGAGCCGACCGGAUCGGAGGCCUCCUCAUGUAUGGCAUUCCGAACAUGAAACUCGACAAGCGUGUCGUCCAGCGACGUGUGGAUCUCAUGGCUGCACAGGGCGUCAUUUUCAAGACUUCUACUCUGGUUGGGCCCGAUGAGGAAGUCUCCCUCGACUCCCUGCGUUCAACCAACGACGCAGUGAUCAUUUCUACCGGUGCAACUGUUGCACGUGACCUCAAGUCACCUGGACGUGAUCUGGAUGGCAUUCACUUUGCUAUGACCUUCCUUGGUCAGAACACCAAGUCUUUGUUGGACAGCCAGCUUGAUGAUGGCAAGUACAUCUCGGCCAAAGACAAGCAUGUCGUUGUCAUUGGUGGUGGUGAUACUGGCAACGAUUGCAUCGGUACUAGCGUCCGACACGGUGCCAAGUCGGUCACCAACUUUGAGCUUCUGCCACAGCCUCCUCCGGAGAGAGCCAACGACAAUCCAUGGCCACAAUGGCCUCGUAUUUAUCGUGUCGACUACGGUCAUACCGAGGUCAAGCAGCACUACGGCAAGGAUCCUCGCGAGUACUGCAUCAUGACCACAGAGUUCGUUGGCGAGGAUGGUAAAGUCAAGGGCAUUAACACCAAGCGUGUUGAGUGGACAAAGCGUGCUGGCGGCGGCUGGGAUAUGAAGCCAGUCGAAGGCAGCGAAGCGUUCUUCCCUGCUGACCUGGUCAUGCUGUCGAUGGGUUUCCUCGGACCCGAGGCCCGUCUGUUCAACGAUCAGGUUGAGCUUGAUGGCCGGUCGAACAUUUCCACUCCCAAGGGCCAAUACAACACCAACAUUGAGGGUGUCUUCGCCGCGGGUGAUUGCCGUCGUGGCCAGUCCUUGAUUGUUUGGGGCAUCAACGAGGGUCGCCAGUGUGCACGCCAAGUCGACUCCUUCCUCAUGGGCACCCCGUCUGCUUUGCCAGUGACAGGUGGCAUUGUCCGCGUCCCCGCUCGAAACUCAGUGCCAGUCGCAAAGCACAGCAAGGCUCAGGGUAACGGCGACAUGGCCCACGCUGCUGAAGCCAUGAAGCUAACACCAACACUGCCAUGGCCAAAUAAGACCUGA